AUGGCGAUCGCCGACACCAAGCCACUUGUUGACGAGGCCUGCUCUUCCUCAGGAUGUAAUCGAACUGAUCCUCAUUGGCAUUGCCCUUCAUGCACCAAGAUCAACCCAGAUACCGUUAAGAAUUGCUCCUGCGAGGCGUAG